ACCUGUUGUCGUCGUGACAUCCCCUACAUAUUGCCCUUCAGACGUACAACAAUGUGUUGUUGCGCAUAGAUCAAGUGCUUUACCCGCUUUACUAUCCCCCCGUUUUGUCAAAGAGAACGCAGGCGUUUGUGGCGCAGGCGGCCGGAUACUUAGCUCGGGCAGGCAACUUGUUGCUUCUAUUGAUAUAUCGUUGCGCCCCUCCUUCCACCAGUAGAACGGCACCUGGACUUUAGGAGCGGCUCUAACCAUCUUCUCCUGCUUGUUCUGUAGACGACGAUUACUACGAUCCUACGAUGGACAACAAUAGGAUCGGCCGCACGCCAUCGCCUGGCCAUCCUAUGCAGCAGGGGUACCAGCUCGAUGAUGCGCCAUAUCACCAUCACCCGACAUCUGCGAGUAACCUCGACAUACCUGCUGGUCCAGGUCCAGGACGGUAUACGCCGAGCGACAACCUUCCUCUCAAUGCUGCGCAUUCCAUCGACAAUCUCUCGCAUAGUCCCUACGGUAGCCAGAGCCAGGGCUACCCUUCUGACUACGCGGUCAACCCCGAGCAGCAUCACGAUGCCUACUACAACCAGCCUUACGAGCCGCAUCCCGCUUCGGCCUCUACACCUUUUGCCGAUACACAAGGGUAUGACUAUGACGACCAUGACCAGCGGCCAAUGUUACCUCACAAUGAGUCCUACCCUCAGGCUCAACCCCAAGAACCGUACACCGACGAGCCGCACCGUCAACAGGCCCCGGCCGGGGGUCUCAAGAGGUGGAAGACGGUGAAGCAGGUGACUCUGUACCGCGGAAACUUAGUCCUGGACUGUCCGGUGCCUUCAAAGCUGCUGAACCAGCUCCCUCACGGCGAGCGUGAUGAAUUUACUCAUAUGCGGUAUACCGCGGCCACUUGCGACCCGAAGGACUUUUUUGACGAGAACUUCACCUUGCGCCAGAAGCUCUUCAGCAAGCCGCGGCACACCGAACUGUUCAUCGUCAUCACGAUGUACAACGAAGACGACAUUCUCUUCGCGCGAACGAUGGUUGGUGUGCUGAAGAACAUCGAGUAUAUGUGUAAUCGGAAGGAAGGCAAGACGUGGGGCCCGGAUGCCUGGAAGAAGAUUGUCGUUUGUGUAGUGAGCGACGGACGUGCCAAAAUCAACCCGCGGACGAGAGCGCUUCUCUCCGGCAUGGGCGUCUACCAGGAGGGCAUUGCCAAGCAGCAGGUCAACGAUAAAGACGUCACGGCGCAUAUUUACGAGUAUACGACCCAAGUUGGCAUGCAGAUCAAGAAUGACGUUGUUCAGCUGAUCCCCAAGAAGCAGCCGGUGCAGAUGUUGUUCUGCCUAAAGGAGAAGAAUCAGAAGAAGAUCAACUCGCACCGAUGGUUCUUCCAAGCCUUCGGCCGAGUCCUCGAUCCGAAUAUCUGUGUACUGAUCGAUGCCGGCACCAAACCUGGUGGAAAUUCUAUCUAUCACCUGUGGAAGGCGUUCGACCUCGAGCCCAUGUGCGCCGGGGCAUGCGGUGAAAUCAAGGCCAUGCUGGGGAGAGGCGGCAAGGAAUUGAUCAACCCGCUUGUCGCAACCCAGAAUUUCGAGUAUAAGAUGAGCAAUAUUCUGGAUAAGCCGUUGGAAUCGGCCUUCGGUUUCAUCUCUGUCUUGCCAGGCGCUUUCUCUGCGUAUCGGUAUAUCGCCUUACAGAAUGACAAGAACGGCCUCGGCCCCCUGGAGAAAUAUUUCAAGGGCGAGACUCUGCAUGGCGCCGGCGCUGGCGUCUUUACCGCGAACAUGUAUCUAGCUGAGGAUCGCAUCCUCUGCUUCGAGCUAGUCACCAAGCGCAACUGCAACUGGAUCCUCCAAUAUGUCAAAUCGGCGACUGGAGAGACCGACGUGCCCGAUACGGUGACAGAGCUGAUCUUGCAGCGUCGUCGGUGGCUCAACGGUUCCUUCUUUGCCGCCAUCUACGCCAUCGCGCAUUUCUACCAGUUCUUCCGCUCAGAUCACUCCAUUCUUCGAAAGCUGAUGUUUUUCGUCGAGUUCGUCUUCCAGACUUGCAACAUGAUCUUUGCCUGGUUUGCCAUUGGCAACUUUUUCCUGGUUUUCAAGAUCUUAACGACGAGUCUCGGAGGUGAUAAGCUGCUAAGGGAGGUCGGUGACAUCCUGGGAGUGGUCUUCGAGUGGUUCUAUGGUAUAUCCUUGAUGUCUUGUUUUGUCCUGUCUAUGGGCAAUCGUCCAUCGGGUUCCGGCAAGCUCUACACCGCCAUGGUGAUCUUCUGGUGUGUAAUCAUGAUAUACUUGACGUUUGCAGCCGUCUUUAUCACGGUUGUCGCCGUCAAUGAACAAAUCCAACAGGGCUUCGAUAUCAGCGAAAUAUUCAAGAACAAGAUCUUCUACUCGCUGAUUGUCUCCAUGCUCUCUACAUAUGGUCUUUGGCUCAUCGCCUCGCUUAUGAUGUUCGACCCGUGGCACAUGCUUACUUCCUUCAUUCAGUAUCUGCUGCUGACGCCGACUUACGUCAACGUUCUCAACGUUUAUGCCUUCUGCAACACGCACGAUAUAUCGUGGGGUACGAAGGGAGACGACAAGCCUGAGGAACUACCUAAGGUCGAUACGAAAGACGGCAAGGGCAAGACCGACCUUCCUGACGAGGGAGACUUGAAUGCGCAGUACGAGCGAGAGCUGGAAGUGUUCGCUAAGAAGUACGUGGCCCCUCAGAAGCCGCCCACCGAAGCGCAAAAAGCCGAGGAGCAGAUGGAUUAUUACCGCUGGAUCCGCUCGUUGGUCGUCCUUAUCUGGAUGGUCACAAACUUUGGGCUCGUUGCUCUAGUUCUCAGUACUGCUGGUCUAGAGAGGCUCAAUCCACAGCAGGAGGCGGAGGCCGACGAUGCCCGCGCAACUCUCUACAUGACGAUUAUUCUCUGGAGUGUCGCUGGACUGAGCGCCUUCAAAUUCAUCGGCGCAUGCUGGUUCCUCGUCGUGCGCAUGUUUAGGGGCGUCUAGGGUUGUUUUCCGUGAACCUUUGAUAUGAAUGAACGUUUGGCGAGUUUGGAGACGAAAUUAGAGCAAGCGAUCUGUCCAUUAACCCCUCUUCACGCCUGUGACUAUAGACCUGCCUCGGGAAGCUCAACCUUGGCCUACAAAGCUUCGACACCUAGUUUUUCGUUUGGACCGUAUGGCCACUGCACAAACUUGCUGUUGUUUCAGCCUCGACACCGACGGCUGGAAAAAUUAUGUCCAAUCCCCAACCCUUUCCCAAAAUUUUUGAUAUACCCCCUU